UAUAAUAUAAUAAAUAUGUUCUCGGUGGUACAGGCGGGCCGCAACUUCCACAGACGGACGCCGAUGCGCUACCUCAGGCGGCUGAUGGGGGUGUUGCCGGGGUCGCGGUACAUGCUGCCCCCCAGACACGAGUACCACAACCUCCCCAGCCUCCCCAAGGAGUUCGACUCCAGGAAGGCCUGGCCCCACUGUCCCACUUUGGGGGAGAUCCGUGACCAGGGGUCAUGUGGGUCAUGUUGGGCGUUCGGUGCGGUGGAGGUGAUGUCGGACAGGACCUGCAUCCACAGCAACGGCGCCCUCAACUUCCACUACUCGGCCGAGGACCUUGUGAGCUGCUGCCACAUGUGCGGCGCGGGCUGCAACGGCGGCAUGCCAGGCGGUGCCUUCCUCUACUGGGUGCAUGGUGGUAUCGUAUCGGGCGGCCCCUUCAACAGCUCCCAGGGCUGCCAGCCCUACGCCAUCGCGCCCUGUGAGCACCACGUGCCUGGUGCACGGCCCGCGUGUGAGGAGGGGGGGCGAACUCCCAAGUGUCAGAAAGAAUGCGAGCCAGGCUACAGCGUGGACUACAAACAUGACCUGCACAAGGGGAAGAAGUCCUACAGUCUGGCCAAUGAUGAAAUGCAGAUCAUGUACGAGAUCAUGACCAACGGACCCGUGGAGGGUGCAUUCUCGGUAUAUGUGGACUUUCUUCACUAUAAGAGCGGAGUCUACAAACACACCCACGGUCAGUUCUUGGGUGGUCAUGCCAUCCGUGUGUUGGGAUGGGGGGAGGAGAAUGGAGUCAAGUAUUGGCUGUGUGCCAACUCGUGGAACACGGACUGGGGUGAUCAGGGCUUCUUCAAAAUACUCCGUGGGUCUGACCACUGCGGCAUCGAGUCCGAGAUGGUGACAGGGCUACCCCAAGACGCGUAACUGCCUCUAACCUUCUCGUCUUAAAUAUUGUUCAGCAAAUAAGUGUUCAAUGUUGAAGCUUCUCGUGUGUGCGAAAAAUAAUUUUGCUAAAGCCUAGUUGGAAAAAUGUAAAUCCCUUUUUUGAGCAUUUGUAUUUUGCAGGUUGCAAAUCUAAAAUAUGUAUUUACUGGCUUGUAAUUCUUAUAUUCCAUAUGCUUGCACUGUUUGAAAGCUUUUAAAUUAAAAUAAACUUCUA